AUGGCCAUGCUGAACUACUUAUCAAUUGUCCUUCCCGCUUUUCUCCUGAUACCUCUGGUGCGGGGUCAGAAUACGACAAUCAACCUCUGGCCCGAGCCAAAAACAUACACGGCAGGCAACACCCCCGUGUGCAUCGCCGAUGACUUCAAGAUCAACAUACCGGGAGACAAUGUCCCUCAAGAUCUAUGGGAUGCUGUUGGGCGAGCGUCUUCGCGAAUCUGGAACACUAAACACGAAUACCUAUCAGUUAACUGGGGCGCAGAGUUCUUCAACGAUUUUUCGAACCCAUGUGAACAUUAUCUCCAUUCCCUUGACCUAGUCUUUUCAUCAGAGAAUCGCAACUCGAUACGAUCAGUUGUCAAGCAGCAACCCGUCGAGCGCAUGGCUUUGGAACAGUACAACCUGACUAUCCCGCUCAAUGGGAGUGCGACAGUCAUCGCUACCAACGCUUUGGGUCUGUACAGAGGUUUGACAUCCUUCGAGGGACUAUGGUUUUACCUUGCUCCACCGGGACAAGGCGGCAACACUAUGCGCAAACGGUGGUCUGGUGGAGAAGCUUUGUAUGCGCCCUGGGCCCCCUAUGAGAUUCAGGAUGCACCAUCCUUCCCUUGGCGAUCGGUUCUCUUGGACACGUCUAGGCAUUUCUAUCCAUUGCAGGACUUGAGAAAGAUGCUCGAUACCAUGGCGAUGGUCAAGAUGUCAACGUUCCAAUGGCAUAUCACAGAUAGCCAAUCUUUCCCUCUCGAGCUGUCUGACUACCCCGAACUGGCCAAUAAAGGUGCAUACAGUCCCGCUAGACACUACAGCGAGCAAGACGUCAAAGAUCUCAUCGCCUACGCUGCUGAACGAGGGAUCGAAGCGUACCUUGAGAUUGACAGUCCAGGUCACACGGCGUCCAUCGGAGAAUCACACCCAGAGUACAUUGCCUGCUUCGAUUAUCCCGGAUGGGCGACGAACAACCUCGCCAAUGAGCCUCCCCCGGGUCAACUCCGUUUCGCCGACCCCAGCGUGUCGAAUUGGUUCAAGGGAGUUUUAGCAAAUGCGGUUUCGCUCGUUGAAGGCAACUUCUUCAGUACCGGAGGAGACGAGAUCAAUCAGAAUUGUAUGCUUAAUGACUCGCUAACGAUGGAGAAACUCAAUGCGUUCAAUUGGACGCUUGAUCAAGCUUUGAACAACUUUACCGCCAUCUCCCAAGAAGCCAUCCACGCGGUCAACAAAACUGUGGUUGUCUGGGAAGAGAUGGUCGAUGCGUUUGGCAACAUCACUGCAAUUCAUCCCGACACUGUCGUCCUUGUCUGGAUUGACUCGUCGCAUAAUCGAGAGGUCGCCAAUCGCGGCUUCAGAUUCGUACAUGCUUCAUCUGAUUACUUCUAUCUGGACUGCGGACAAGGCGAAUGGAUAGGGGAAAAUGGAGGUGGGAAUAGCUGGUGUGACCCAUUCAAAACUUGGGCACAUAUGUACUCCUUCGAUCCCUUUGGCAAUUUGACCGAGGCGCAGGAAUCCCAAGUCCUAGGCGGUCAAGCCUCGCUCUGGUCAGAGCAGACCUCAAGUGCCAACAUCGAGGUCGUCAUGUGGCCCCGUACGGCUGCAGUUGCCGAAUUGUUCUGGAGCGGUCCAGGAUCUAAUGGCUCGUAUCCAAGACAGUCUGUUGAAGCGAUCCCGCGGAUGAAUGAUCUUCAAGCUCGAAUGGUCGACCGUGGUGUCAACGCCGAGCCAAUCCAGCCUACGUGGUGUGCCAUCAGACCGGGUGCAUGCAACUUUGACUCGUAA